AGGGGACCUAGUAGGGCGCUGUUUCUCUUUGCUCCUUUUUUUCGGUAUCCGGGGUAGGGGGCGGAUCGCGGAGCCUCCCGGAGCUUGUUGCGUGAGGCGAAGGCAUAGCGGAGAUAGGCGAGGGCCGGCCGGGGCCUCCCGCAGGAUGAACCACAAGAGCAAGAAGCGGAUUCGGGAGGCGAAGCGCAGCGCGCGGCCCGAGCUGAAAGACUCCCUAGACUGGACCCGGCACAACUACUUCGAGAGCUUCUCGCUAAACCCCGCCGCGGUGGCGGAUAACGUGGAAAGGGUGGAUGCUUUGCAGCUCUCUGUGGAAGAAUUUGUGGAGCGCUAUGAAAGGCCUUACAAGCCCGUGGUCCUGCUGAAAGCCCAGGAGGGCUGGUCUGCCCAGGAAAAAUGGACUCUAGAGCGCCUGAAACGCAAAUACAGGAACCAGAAGUUUAAGUGUGGGGAGGAUAACGAUGGCUAUUCCGUGAAGAUGAAGAUGAAGUACUACAUUGAAUACAUGGAGAGCACCCGAGAUGAUAGUCCCCUUUACAUCUUUGAUAGCAGCUAUGGGGAGCACCCCAAGAGGAGAAAACUUUUGGAGGACUAUCAGGUUCCCAAAUUUUUCACAGAUGAUCUGUUCCAGUAUGCAGGAGAAAAGCGCAGGCCACCUUACAGGUGGUUUGUGAUGGGGCCACCAAGAUCUGGAACAGGAAUUCACAUUGAUCCCUUGGGUACCAGUGCAUGGAAUGCCUUAGUACAAGGACACAAACGCUGGUGCCUAUUCCCUACCAGUACUCCCAGGGAACUUAUAAAGGUGACUCGUGAUGAAGGUGGAAACCAACAAGAUGAAGCUAUUACCUGGUUCAAUACCAUUUAUCCCCGGACACAACUUCCAACUUGGCCACCAGAAUUCAAACCCUUAGAAAUCUUACAGAAACCAGGGGAGACCGUCUUUGUACCAGGAGGUUGGUGGCAUGUUGUUCUCAACCUUGACACUACUAUUGCCAUCACCCAAAACUUUGCCAGCAGCACUAAUUUCCCUGUUGUGUGGCACAAGACAGUAAGAGGAAGGCCAAAGUUAUCAAGGAAAUGGUACAGGAUUUUGAAGCAAGAACACCCUGAGCUGGCAGUCCUAGCUGAUUCAGUUGAUCUGCAAGAGUCCACAGGCAUUGCUUCUGACAGUUCUAGUGACUCCUCCAGCUCUUCCAGCUCUAGCUCAUCUGACUCUGAUUCUGAGUGUGAAUCUGGCUCUGAAGCUGAUGGGACAGUGCACAGAAGGAAAAAGAGGAGAACCUGCAGUAUGAUGGGCAAUGGUGACACCACCUCUCAGGAUGACUGCGUGAGCAAAGAGCGCAGCUCUUCCAGGAUUAGGGAAAAUUUUGGCGGCUGUGCUCAUCUGUGAGCAGUAAUGAGACUCGUCUAGAGGUGGCUGCCAUGUCAGUAGCCACCCAAUCCGGUUUUCACCUCCUCUGCUUCUACCUACUCCUUAAUCUUCUUUGAAUCUGGACAGCUCAUUUCUGGUCCAAGCUUCUUGUCUUCCAUCAAAUGCUGCUUAAUGGGUGAGAAAAUCUAAGAAAAGAUUAAGAAGCCUAAAAGCUUCAUAAGUUCUCAAGGCUAAUAUGGUACUACUGGGUAAGAAGGUUCAUUACUUUCUUUUCCAUUAUUUAAGGAAGGUAAAAAUGAUUUGUUUAAAGACAAAUAGGGUUGCUAUUGUCUUCUUAUUUAGAACUUUACAUUUUAAUCAAUUAACAUAAUGGAAAACUUCCUUGACUAUCAGCGAAGGUAACUAGAGACAUUAAUUUUCAGUUGAGUUGACUUUAUGAUUAUUGAAUGAAUAAAUUUCUGUUCAAGAUAGGAUUUUUGCUAACUUACUGAAGUGCAGAUAGGCAGCAGGCCAACAAAAUUUUGCUCCAUCCUUAACACCUUAUCCCUUCUGCCAAAAAAUCCAUAGGUAUGUGGGCUAAAUUCUGAUUAUUUUUGCCAUUUGAUGCUUCAAGAAUUUUGGAGUCCACUUUCAUACAGUUGCAAUGCAACACCAACAUAUCACUUUGGGACUGACUAUCAGGUUCCAUCUUUCCCCUUUGCUGAUUCAUGCCUUAACCUGUCCCCUGUGUGUGAUAUGCUCAAGUAGUGUAAGAAAUGAGGAAGGGAGAAGAAUAUGGGGCAAUAAAAGGAGCCAUUUGGCCCGAUAAUAGCCACUCCACAUUUUAAUGUAAAAAUUUUCAUUUUGAAAUACUAUCUGUUCACAAAAAUGUUUCCAAUGUCAAUGGAGUUUUUCUGUGUGUGUAUUAGCAUUAUCUGAUUUCAUGAAACAAACUUCCUGUAAGUUUUGAAUAGUUUGAGUGCUUCUUAGCACUUGGGAACUAGGAGUGUCCAAAAAAAGUUGGUAUUCAUAUAAGAAAUUCAGGUCAUUUACUGUGAAAUAGUAGAUUAUAGCUGUCUUAAUUACUUUUACUGUUGGACCACUCUGGCUUUAUUUUGAGGAUGAUCAUCUCUUCCUGUGUAAGCUUGGUUCUUCUGUUAAAGUUACUGUUUGCUAAAUAGUUGCUAGAACAGGGGUGGAUUCCAGUGGAUACUGUUUCAUGUUGGGAAAUUGAUAUGUCACCCUGCAAGCUGCAUGGUACCUGAAGCCAUGAUAUGCUGCUGCAAUCCCUUCUAGUUACAUGGAAUAUAUUGCAAUACCCAGGGAUGAGUGGACAACCUUUAACUGUGAAUGUUUGUGGAUGAAGUAAAUCAUUGGGCAUUUAAACUGACUUUGUACUUGAUAUUUAAUAACGCUUUUAAAUACCAUAAACAGUACCUUGUUUCCACAUUUCUGGUAGUUGUACUUGCCUUUUUAAAUACCUUCUACUUAAUUUCCUACCAACUAAAUUCCCAUCUACAUUUAUUUAAAAAUAAAAACUGAUUAUCAAUAAAUAAAAUACUUUGCCACCAACAGUGGUAACCACC